AUCUUUCCUUACCAAAAAAAAAAAUUUCUGCCAUCUUUCGUUUCUUAAGGUAUUCUAUUUCGAUAAUUCUAUGGAUCCAGAGCCGCAGUUGAAGCUCUUGUCACUCGUUACUCAACUAAUGUCUUACAUCGACCCUGAUAAAUUGGAAACGGGUUAUGUGUCGGAGGUCAAAUUACUCAUUAGGCAAAUAAUCUCUCUGGUCAACGCAAUGGAUUUGGAUUUGCAGCCAAAGCCGGAGUCGAAGCUCAUGUCACUCAUUACUCAAGCCAUCUCACUCUUCAGCUCUAUGGAUUUGAAUUCUCAGCCGGAGCCAAUAAGGGAGUUCAUAUCAUUCAUUUCUCAAAAAGUCAACUCUAUAGAUUCUGAUUGGGAGAAGAUGUUCCUAUCACUCUUUAUGCUGAUAAUGGUAUUUAAGAUAGAGGAGUCGGAGCUCAUAUCACUCCUCUAUGAGAUAUGCUACCUUGCCACUUCUAUGGAUCCACAGUGGGAGAAGUUCAUUCCCUUUAGCUUUCAAGCAUAUGUAAGAUUGAAAGAAGGAAAAUUUCAUGUGAUUGAAGACGUCCAGAGAAACAGCAAAAAGGAUUGGAAUUGUCUCCCUGUAAGAAGGAAAACUAUCAGUUUUACAGGAGGAGACGCUACACAUUUUCGAUGCGCAGGUUGCAAUGGCGAGAACCAUGAAGAAUAUAACAAGACUCCGGUUGAGAUCAAACACCAUCUUCAUCCAAAACAUUCUCUUCAGCUUGUCAAGUUGAAGGGUGGCGAGACCAGGAAAUGUUAUUGUUGUGAUGAAGAUAUCAUAAUGAUAUUUUUUUAUUGCUCGACUUGCGAUUUUGCUAUGAACAUGAUUUGUUUUGCGAAACCACCAGCCUUGUCUAUGGACCUUCCUAAGUGGCAUGAGCAUACACUUGCUCUGUUUCCAAGUCAGGCUUCCUUACCUUGCAACCUAUGUGCCUUGACACACUCAAGCUGUCCUUUCUAUAUAUGUCCCCCUUGUGACUUUGUGGUCCAUCAAAGGUGUAUCAGCUUACCACGUGUCAUAAGGAUAUCUCGCCAUCCCCAUCGUGUCUCGUUUACGGCUUCAUUUGAACAAGGAGAUUGGCGUUGUGGUGUUUGUCGUAGAAAGAUCGACAAUGAUUAUGGAGGCUAUUCUUGCAGCAAGGACGGUUGUUCGUAUGCGGCUCAUUCAAGAUGUGCCACACAAAGAAAUGUGUGGGAUGGUAUAGAGCUUGAGGGAGUGCCGGAAGAAAUUGAAGAAGUUGAGCCGCCCUUUGUGAGGAUAAGCGAUGGUAUCAUACGACAUUUCAGUCAUCUGCAUCAUCAUUUGAGACUUGAUGAGAACACAUGCAGAGAUUACGACGAGAAUAAUCAAUGUCAAGCAUGCGUCAUGCCAAUCUAUUUCUGUAAAUUCUACUCAUGUAUGCAAUGCGAGUUUAUUCUUCAUGAAACAUGUGUAAAUCUUUCUCGCAAAAUACAUCACCCGAUACAUCCACAUCUACUUACUCUAGUGGGAGGAGGAUAUGAUGGUUUGAUAGACUACGAUUAUGAUAAAUGUUCAGCUUGUCAAUCGAUGUACAGAGCUGGUUUCUUCUAUGAGUGCGAUAAAGAAGGAUGUUCUUUCCAGCUACACGUGCAGUGCACCACAAUUUCUGAGCCAUUGGUCCAUGAAAGUCAUAUGCAUCCUUUAUUCCUAACAUCUAAACCAGGAGAGGAAAGAAUUUGUUCUGUUUGCAAAAAUAAAGGAAGAAGUUCCACAAAGGAAACAUUCAAUUGCAUUGAGGAGUGUGACUUUUCUUUGUGUUUUGGAUGUGCUACUUUACCUCAAAAGGUGAGGUAUAAGCAUGAUAAGCAUACACUCACUCUUUCAUAUGGGGAGGAGACAAGUACUAUGAUGUAUUGGUGUGAAAUUUGCGAACGAGAGAUAAAUCCAAAGAAGCGGUUUUAUAUGUGCGACGAGUAUUGUUGUGUCACCCUACACAUUGAUUGUAUGCUUGGGAUGGACUUAUACAUGAAAUCCGGUUUAUCACUGAGUAUUUUCCGGGGUUUCUCUCAGGCAUAUGUUCAACCCAACAAUCAUCAUAUGUCUCGACUAUUUGCUACUCUUGUGGGAAGCGUUGUCCACAGAAAAUAGUUAUCCAGUCCUCCGGAUUCAUUGUGUGUUCCGUAAUAUGUUACCGUGAGAUGGUGUUACACUUGUGCGGACUCACCAAAUAAGCAACUGUCCAUUCUAUAUGUAAGGAAUGCUUUAUGUACUGUUUCAAGUAUUGCGUCUCCUUCAUAUUAUGUUAUUACAUGUUCUGUCAUAUACAUAGCAUGUGUGUUUAAUCUAAACCUUGUUACAGCUUUAUAGAGACAUCCAUAAUCAUUGCAAAAUUUCAGAAAA